AUGGGAUGGUUGUCAAAGGCCUUAGCGGCCAAGUCGGAAGCCGAGAGGGCUGAGCUGAAGUCCUCGUCAGGUGACUUUCCGCGUUUUGACCGCAUCUUGGCUGCGGCGUUUUGUCGUCCAGAGCACCUCAGGUCUUCUUUUGGGGUUCGUUUCAACGCGUACUUGGAUGAAUGUGAACUGGGGGGUAGUGAAGUAAGGGGUAGGGUCAUGUUGAAUUAUGUAGCCCGCGAGUAUGACACCGACAGGAACUCUGGGGCGAUCAUGACAGCAUUAGAGCUCUACAACUUACCUGCACCUCAGGACAAUGCAUCAGCUUUGCGACAAUGGAGAGAUAAAUCAGAGCUUCAAGAACUUCUUCAAGGACCUUCCGAGGCCUCUGAACCUUCAGAAGCUGUAUCUGCGCCACGCGCGGGCGGUGAAGAGGGUGACGAGGAAGACGAAGUUUGGGUUGAUGGUUUGCCACCAAAUCAUUUGAUGACUCACUUACCCAAGAGUAACCAGUGUGAUACUUGUUUGAGGGCGAAGUUGUAUGAAGCACCUCUUAGGAGACGUGAAAACCAAAGGGAUGUGUUGAAAGAUGCUAGAUCAAGGGAAGACCCCAAGGGACCCAUGGAAAGAGUUGCAGUAGAUUUUGUCAUCGCUCAGGACUUAGUCAGUCAAACCGGUGAAAAGGUAGCAUUGGUUUCAGUAGAUAAAUAUUCAGGGAUGAUCGGUGUCCAUCCUUGUGAAGACCGGAGCUCCGAAGAAGUUGAGAAGGCCAUGAGGCACUUCUUUGGGACUAAGGCCAUCGAAACGGUUGAAGUUGGGGAUGACAGGGGAAUGGGCCCGAUUGACAGCUUAGUUCCGCCGCCCGAACUGGAAGAUAUCCAGGGCGAAAGGGACUUGGAACGGGAAGGUGACGAUGAACGGGACAAAGGACCUGUGUCAGGAAUUCCUGACGAAAGGGCGUCGGACAUUGAGGCAAGACUUUCUCGAGGUCCCGAACCUGCGCCUCGCGCGGUUGGGGUGGAGGAGGAAGCAGAGGAUCAGGGAAGUUCUGGGUACGCCGCAACUACCCCAAUUGAUUCUGAAAUCGGAGAUUUUGAGUUUGAGGACCCUGAUGCUAUUCAGAUCUCCGAGGACAAAGAUGUCCAAGAAGUUCCAGAAAUGUCUGGGGCAAUGGUUAAUUUGAAUGCCGCAACCUUAGAUGAGGAGUUCAGGCAGAGCCUCCAGGAACGGAGGGACCAAUCUCGAAAGAUGGUUUCAAGCUUCUCGGAGUUGACGGAUUUGGCUGUGGAGAAAGAGAUCCAACAGGACCCAAAGGCCAUUGAGUCCAUCAGGAAAGAGGUUGAGGACAUCAGGGCAAUGGGCGUCUGGGACGACAACAGUGUGACUGAGUACGAACAGGUGAAAAGCCAGGCCAAGAGGAACGGUGAAGAGAUUCACUUGGCUGAGGGGAUGGGACUUAAGACGAUUGAGGGUUUUCCUUCACUGUGGUGGGAUGCAACCACGCGCGUGCUGGUGGCCGCAUAUGUGGAUGACAUCGUUUGCGCAGGAAUCAGUCGCUGGUCGGUAAACCACGACAAGAUGCUUCACAGGUUGGUAAGUUACAUGAAUGCCACUGCUGACUACGGGGUUCACUGUUUUGUCAACGGCAACCCAUCGGAUAUCUCUUUCCAUCUUUACACGGAUGCAGAUUUGGGGGGUGAUGUAUGCACAAUGAAAUCUCACACUGGGAUAUUUCUUUGCAUUGAAUGCCCGAACGGAACACUCUUCCCAAUAUCUUGGUCAUCCCGUCGACAGCAAUGCGUUUCCAAAUCAACCACAGAAUCUGAAUUGGUUGCUUUGAAUGAUGGAUUAUAUGGUGACGCGCUCCCAGUUCAAACAGUUCUUCAACUGAUCUUUGAAAGGGAUAUUCCUUUGGUUCUCCACGAAGACAACCAGGCAUGCAUUCAAAUUUUGAAUGCAGGUUACAGCGCUAGAUUAAAAUCCAUGAAUCGAACGCACAAGUUGUCAAUCGCCGCGAUUUCCGAAACAAUUAAGGACCUGAAUCUCGAGCUGAGGUAUACUGUUUCUGAAGAACAGCUUGCAGACUUGUUUACUAAGGUUUUGGCCCGUGUGAAAUUCACCGAGGCACUCCGAAAGCUAAGAAUCGGACCGGCUUCUCUCACCUUUUGA